AUGCCGCUGGUCGACCUCCCCGUCGAAAUCAUACAUGAGAUCGUGCGCCAGCUCGAUCCUGCGUCGCUUAUCACAUUCUCGCAGACCUCUAAGCUCUUCCGCGCCAUCAUCGAGCCGUCGCGCCAUGAAUUCGAGCGUCGCCUGCUCUACCUCGAGCUGCUGCCCGAGUACGGAGGUAUCAUUCCAGUCUAUUGCUUCCAAAAUAACUCCACCGUGUCGCCAGCCUACGACAGUCCGGCCUGGAAGACCAAUCGCUACGCCUGCUGUGGUUGCAUGCGAUUGCUCCCCCACGCUAUGUUCGAUAACAGCAAUAUCUCGCGCAUGCGUCUGCGCAAGCCUUCACCUGGCAGUGUUGAGUACGAGCGAUCUAUGGUGACCGACUGGAUGCCGGUCCCCCCUGCGGCGCGCUGGAAGGUGUAUCAAGAACGCGCGAACAAAGCGCGCAGGGAAGACGAGAAAUGGCGACACCUCAUCACCGAUGCCUACCGCCUCGAGGCCGAGCUAAACGCCGUUCAGACAGGCGACGGCGCUCGAUUCGAGCACUCCUCCCACACCCAAGUCGAGAUCGCUGAGUCGGAAGCCGAGAAACACCUCUGUGGCAGCCAGCGUCGCCGCCGUCGCUGCAUCGAGUGCCUCUUCCAGCGCGGCCAUUACAAGCGGCUCAACCCAUUCUUCUCCGAAUGGCAUUUUGACCCCCAACAACCAGGUAUCGCGAGCCGACCGGUACGCCUCACCUACAUCUGGGAGCGUUGCUACCCAGGACUAUUCGACUUCGAUCCGCUGCCGGCCAAGGACCGUCCGCGCCUGUUUAGCUGGCCGCUGCCGUACGGUCCCUCGCUCUUCCAGUGGUGCCACUACGUCAUUCGUUGUCAUGAAUGCGGCGUAUGGCAGGAGCAGGGCGCGUUUCGGUAUUGGUUCACCGACUCAUUCAUUCAGGAGGCGCAGCGUGACUGGGACACAAAUUGGCCCUGGUCAUGCGACACGUGUGAGAUGAAGAAGAUCGGUCCUAAGAAGCUGGCCGAACGCCUGACCCAGGCCGCGCUCAUAAACAUGAAGGAGGACCUCAACUGGAUCUUUCAUAUGCUCACCUUUGGCUGGGGCAUGCUAUACCAAGACUUCUACGGCGAGCACAACGAACCGGCCCCCCUGCGGCAGUGGCAGGCAAUCGGCAACGAGAUCCUCGGAGGGCUAUCGUGGACCAAGGCGAGAGACGGGUAUCCCUAUCAAUACUCGAUCAGCUGCACGGCGGACGACCUUCCCGACCUGCGCCGGCGCUUCCGCCUGUUCCGGGACUUUCUCUACCGCCCGGACGUGUACCAGCGCGUGCGGCAUAGUAUCUUGCAGAGCUGGUUCCAGCUGUGGGUCGAAGAUUAUGAUAAGUAUGAGAAAGUGUAUUACUGGCUGCGCGAUAAGAUGGAGUGGCUCAAGACCGAGGAGACGCGCAUGCUAAGUUAUAUGCUCGAGCGCCAGCCGUACCGCAUUGCAAGUGGGCCGGCUGCCAGCUGGUGA